UUUUUGUCGGUGCGGAGUAGCGCGCGCACUGGGAACCGGGGACGCGCGAGACUCUUAGCAUUGGCAGGCUGACGGUGACACGUGCCUCUCUCUCAACACCCCCGAGCUCCCGUGGACCGCAUUGGCAUCAGCGACGGCCACCGAGACGCAGGAGUCGACGCUGUGCCACGGAUACAGAGAACGGAAAAGCCGCGCAAAACCAAGAGCGCUCUCGUUUACGCACCGGACAUUAAACGCACUCUCGCCUGGGAAGCGCGCAUCAGAGUCCGGACAGCGAACAGCAUGCAGGUGCCAGGCAUCCUCUACGUCUAAACGUGACAUGAACCACGGAAUUAGCAAAAACACCAGGCAAAACUGGAGAUAACGAACACGCGUCACCACGAUCUUCUCGCUCCGUUGAUGCGCAGACAAAGAGCUCCGGUCGCACUCUAAAUUCGAUAUAGCUAGAAAAACAUUUGUAGAGGUAUUUGAACACGAGUCUCAUUUAGGAGAGCAAUCAUGGCUACGGUAAUUAGAAGCAAGAUCUCUAACAAGCUGUCCAACGCGGCCACCACGGUCACCAAUAAGUCUCAGGCGAAGGUGAGUGGGAUGUUCGCCAGACUGGGCUUCCAGGCCGCCACCGACGAGGAGGCUUUGGGCUUCGUCGACUGCGAUGAUCUGGACUAUGACCACAGGCAGGGGCUUCAAAUGGACAUCCUUAAAACCGAGCAAAUGGGUGGAGAGGGCGGCGAGGAAACGGGGGGCGAGGGGGACAGUCAUUACCAGAGGGAUGGAACGGGUCCGCCGCCCUCCGCGUCCAAAGACGGAGGACUCUGCUCCGAGUUAGGCAGCCCGGACAAGCCAAGAAUCACUGCUUGGGAGGCAGGAUGGAACGUGACCAAUGCGAUCCAGGGCAUGUUUGUUCUCGGGUUACCCUACGCCAUUCUCCACGGAGGAUAUCUCGGACUCUUCCUCAUUAUAUUCGCCGCUGUCGUGUGCUGCUACACGGGGAAAAUCCUCAUCGCUUGCCUCUACGAAGAAAACGAAGACGGCCAGUUGGUACGAGUGAGAGACUCGUAUGUGGAUAUUGCUAACGCAUGCUGCGCGCCACGCUUCCCCGCACUGGGAGGUCACAUCGUCAACGUAGCUCAAAUCAUCGAGCUGGUCAUGACCUGCAUUUUAUACGUCGUGGUGAGCGGAAACCUGAUGUACAACAGCUUCCCCAACUUCCCCGUGUCCCAGAGGUCUUGGGCCAUCAUCGCCACCGUUGGUCUUCUGCCCUGCGCCUUCCUCAAGAACCUCAAAGCUGUGUCCAAGUUCAGCUUGCUCUGCACCCUCGCGCACUUCGUCAUCAACAUCCUAGUGAUCGCCUACUGUCUGUCCAGGGCGCGAGACUGGGCCUGGGACAAGGUGAAGUUCUACAUCGACGUCAAGAAGUUCCCCAUCUCCAUCGGCAUCAUCGUCUUCAGCUACACCUCCCAGAUCUUCCUGCCUUCGCUGGAGGGGAACAUGCAGAAGCCCAGCGAGUUCCACUGCAUGAUGAACUGGACUCACAUCGCUGCCUGCAUCCUCAAAGGCCUGUUCGCCCUGGUGGCUUAUUUGACGUGGGCCGACGAAACCAAGGAGGUGAUCACCGACAACCUCCCAUCUGGCAUCAGAGCCGUCGUUAACCUCUUCUUGGUGUCCAAGGCGCUGCUUUCGUACCCGCUGCCGUUCUUCGCCGCCGUGGAGGUCCUAGAAAAGACUUUCUUCCAAGACGGAGGGCGUGCGUUUUUCCCGGAUUGCUACGGGGGCGACGGGCGUCUCAAAUCAUGGGGUCUUUCGCUCCGCUGUGCACUAGUUGUGUUCACUAUGCUCAUGGCUAUUUAUGUGCCACACUUCGCGCUCCUCAUGGGUCUGACGGGCAGCCUGACGGGCGCGGGUCUGUGCUUUCUCCUCCCCAGCUUAUUCCAUCUCAAGUUGUUGUGGAGAAAGCUCUUGUGGCAUCAGGUCUUCUUCGACGUCGCCAUAUUUGUGAUCGGGGGUAUAUGCAGUAUUUCCGGCUUCAUCCAUUCCGUCGAGGGCCUGAUCGAGGCGUACAAAUACAACCUGUCCGAUUAGUCUGGAAAAUGAUGAGCGGAUGUAGUCUGGUGAUAAGUGUUACGCAUCCCACAUAUUGAUAACCAAACCGAUGUUACCCCCAGAAAAGAUGAAUAAACACAAAAGCAUUUAACCCAUGCCACUCUUAAAAAUAAAGGUUCCAAAAGGGUGUUUUUCCAAAAGAACCGUCUUUGGUUCCCAAAAGAAAAUGUCAGUGAAGAGUUCCUAAAUGAACCAUUUUGAAAAACACAUCUAAAAGAACCAUUCUUCAUUUGAAAGGUUCCAUGGAGGAUGUUCAUAGAAGCACUGAUGCCAAUAAAAACACUUUAUUUGUAAGAGUGCAGACUCGUUAACACACAGUAAAUCAGCGAAUCUUUACACAUCCACGUGAGAAAUGUCUUGGACAGCAGCGCGUUACACAAGAGCACACGUAUAUUUGUGUUGUUAAGCGAGAAAAUGGUUUACAAGAGAAUUUAUUUGAGCUUUGAUUUGCCACGGGAAUCAUUUCAUUUGAGUGCACGACAUUCAGCAAAUCUCCUGCAAUACGAAAUUAAUUAAUUAAGGGACGAACGCCGUGGCAAUAAACACAAUCGAGUAUGUUUGAAACAAGUUAAUGGAUUUUCAUUAAUUCGAUCUGAGGACACGUAGCUUAAAGCCUAAGUCUUAAUUAUUAUCGUUUGCAUUUACUGAACCAAAUCUGAGAGGGCAAGAUAGAAUAUAAUACUGGACGGUGAAGAGAAGUACUUCAACUAUGCAUUCUGAUCGUAUGAUGUCCAUGCAGUAUUAGAGAUAUUCAGAAGAAAACCCGGCUUUUAUUCACACGUUUUAAUUGCUUUCUGGCAGAAAAGAUACAAAGAGACUCGUAUUUUUACAAGACAUCGAAUAACGAACAAGAUGAAGAGGAAAACGAAAUGCACUCGGAAACUCCUGAAGAAAUUAUGGAGGAUAUUAAACAUCCCACCAAAACAAAUCGCUAAAUUUCGAUUUUUUUUUAAUAGUAUUUUAGCGUUGUUUAUCGGAUAUCAAAUGUUGUAAUUUAAAACAAUUAAUAAUGUCCAUGUUCACCUCGGGGAGAUUUAUUCUAGCGUUGAUGGAUCGAAAUCAAGGGACUUGCAUAAGACAUUUUUUUUUUUCAUUUUGUGCAAUCCAAUGGGUGCUGUGGAAAUGUUAUAAAACCGUGUGUGUUGUGUUAUUGUGGUUUAAAAGAUGGAAUGUAUAUCAAAAAACAUCAUCAUAUAUCGUGAAAAUGAAUAUAUUGAAGAAUAAAGAAACGCGUGAAAUUA